AUGACAACUCACUCAUCAGGAGACAUUAGAGUUUUUUCCCGCGACUUUACGUCAGAGAAAUUUCAGCUAAAUGCAUCAGGAUUGAUUUGCACAGCAAAAUUAGCGGCAAACCAAAUUGUUGCCGGAGGAAAAGAAUUAGCCUUGCGAGUGUGGGAUAUAAACAACCACAGCUCGCCAAUUUUCACUGCUAAAAACGUCCGCUCCUCUGUACUGGAACUUUCUGUCCCCAUAUGGAUUGCUGAUAUUAGCGUUGUACCUAAGUCUAAUGGAAAGCUCAUAUUAACCGCCUCGAGAUAUGGCGAGCUGGACAUAUACGACCUUCGAUGUGGCCAACGUCGACCUGUUGCUCGUCACGCAUGGCGUACAAGUCGCAAACAUGGAAAACUCCAUGUUGGUUCCGGAAAGCACAGUGCAGUGCUUCCGGAUUUGACCACUACUAGACCAAUCACAAAAGCAGUAGCUUACGAUAACUCUCCAGGCAUAGGAUUACGUGUUGUUGCUGGGAACGCAGUUGGUGAACUAUCUGUUUUGGAUUUAAGACUCCCUCCAGAAUAUUCUAAUUUGAAUUCCUCCGAUGGCCCUGGUGUUAUACCAGUUAGAAGCUACGGAUCUCGAGCACCUGACCCACCUUCUGGUGUUCGAUGUCUUGCUGGAGCUUCAGGUUGUAUAACACAUUUAAUAUGUGGUGGAACUGAUGAAGAAAAUACAUUUCCGUUCAUGGAAGCAGCUAUAAAUAGUGAACCAAUCAUUCUAGCAUCUUCGCUAGAUCGGUAUUUGCGACUUUAUAAUCGCGAUACUGGAAAGCGUCUUGGAAAGAUAUAUGUUAAAGUCCCUGUAACAUCAUUUCUUGUCCGUAGAAAUGCAAGCUUUGCGAAUAUUGAGAACUUUUUAAAGAAAGACAAUGAUAUUAGUGUUUCAAACGAAGAAGAAAAAGUUGAAAGUUCUUACGGCAUAUCUAAGACAGAACAAAAAGAAUUUGAAGACUUGUGGAAUCAAAUACCAGUUGUCGACAACGAUAAUGACGGUGUUAAUGAAGGCGGUAAAAGGACCACUGGGUUUAAAAUUGGUAAACGGAGGCGCAAGAAGUAG